AAAUAGAAAAUGUAAUAUUGGCAUAUCAGAAAGAAAUAGAUAAAUUUAAGAAGGAACCAUUAGGUUUUUCGCAGACUGCAAACUAUAGAUAUUUGCAAGAGUCUAAUAAAAUAAAUAUUGAAUCGUUCGAAGAAAUAGUUAAUGACAAAAUACGGACUAAGAGAGGAUUGAUUAAUUUGGGAGGCAAAAUCUCAAAAAUACUCUUUGGAACCUUAGAUUCUGACGAUGAAGAAUUAUACAGAAAUUAUUUUAAUAGUAUAAAGAAAAAUGAGGAAACCCUCAUAAGGAAUCAAAAGAAGAUCGCUACUGUAGUUAAUGACUUGAAAAACAAAUAUAUUGAUAAAUUUCAGAAAAUGCAUGAUAAUCUUGAAUUAUUAAAAAUUGUACCAGCACUCGAAGAAGUUCAGCAAAUGCAUCUUAUGACUUUUGAACUCAAAGACAUUAAAAACACUUUGGAUGAAAUUCAAACUGCAAUUAGUUUUGCUAGGUUACAUUUGUUGCAUGAAUCCAUUUUACCCUAUUCAAAGUUCUCAGAAGUAAUCAAAAAUUCAAGUAUCAUUCCCUUACAUCAUAUAAAAGACUAUUAUCAAUUAUGCCAUACUAAGGUAAUUUUCAAAAAUAAAAUUUUACUAUUUCUUAUAUCUAUUCCAACCAUUUAUGAAAAGGGAUACGAAUUAUACAAGUUUUACUUUCUUUCCCAAAAUAAUGAAUCCCUUUCCUUAACCGACUCCUACAUGCUCUCACAAGAAGAAGAAUUACUAUGGAGUACGAGUCAAUGUCACCCAGUUGAAGAAGACUUCCUAUGCGAUCAAGAUCUACUAUCCAAGCCUCCAGAAUGCAUCAGAAAUUUGUUGAAAAAUCACAAAGAAAAUUGUUCAAGAAUUGUAUUAGUCCCACAAGCUAACUUGAAACUUCUAGAAGAUGGAAAUAUCCUCUCAAUCAAAAAUGAAAAAGUCCAAGAGAAAUGCCCACAGCAAACAAAACAUUAUUUCAUACCCCCAACGGCAAUCCUUCGUUCAAGAUGUGUUGUAGGGAACACACAAAAGGAAAUUUUUCCCAUUUCUACGAUUAUGGAAGAAAAAUACAUUGUCCUGCCCAAGAUGGCUCAUCCAAUGAAGAACCAGCCCAGUUCGAACUUCAAGAAAGAAGACAUCCCUGACAUCCAGUUGGAAGACCUAGAAGAAUGGCACAUCCAACCAGGAUAUUCAUUAAUUUUUAUUCUUAUGUUUAUAAUAAUAUUGAUUUUGAUAUUUUUUCUUAUUUUUAAAUAUUUAAAAAAUAAUAGACUUGCUAAAGUCACACCUAUUAAAGGUGAUAACUUUAACUUAGGUGGGGAGGAAUUACAGGAUUCCAUCCCGUUCUGAUCAAUUGACGUAAUAUUGUAUUGUUCAUUUAGAUUCACAUAUCAGUGUGCUGCAUUUUGCUUACACCAGCAUAAUGCAGGUGGUUCGACGCGUGGCGUCAAUUAAGAU